AUACUACCAAUUAAAACAAGGAGGUUGCAAUCAAGCUAAGUAAUUAAUAAACAGAUAACAAUGUUGCCGUUAUAUUUAUUAACCUCAGCUAAAUCAAAAGAAAUCUUAAUAGAAUUAAAGAAUGGUGAAAGUUUAAAUGGUGAAUUGGUCAAUUGUGAUUCAUGGAUGAACUUAACUUUAAAAAAUGUCAUACAAACCAGUCCAAAUGGGGAAGAAUUUGUAAAGAUUCCUGAAAUUUAUAUUAGAGGUAAUCAUAUCAAAUAUUUAAGAUUACCUGAAGAAGUCAUGGAUUAUGCCAAAGAACAAAACAUGAUAAACAUGGAACAAAGGAAUAGAAAUCAAAAGAGAAGAGGUGGAAAUGAUCAAAGAAAUUAUAAUAAUAAUAAUAAUUAUUCUGGAAGACAAGGUGGUAGUGGUAGAGAAAGAGGAGGUAAUGGUGGCCAUUACAGAAAUGAUCAAAAUAGAAAUGGAGGUGGUAACCGUCGUUACAACAACAACAACAACAACAAC